AUGGGGAGGAAAGAAGAAGAGCUGUUCCUGAGAACGCCAGGGCCAUCGGAUUCAAGAGAGUCGAUCACUACUGCUGCGGCACUCAAUAGCGACACCAUCAACGACGUAUCAGGUCAUUCUGUAUACCUAUUGCAGAGCUUGCACUAUUUUUAGACUCUGCUGAAUAGAAUGUCAUACUCACAGACGAACAAGUCGACCAAGAAGUCAACCAGAAGAAAGAGGUCUCCCACCAAACCGCAAACUGCGACAACAAGCGCCGUCAACGUCAGCAGACCAGGAUCCACUGUAGCGACGACAGAUGCAACGGGACCGACGACUGGCUUCAGCGGCGUUCCUAUGCCAUCGGCCACGCUUGAAGAAAUUCUCUGCGAGAUCAUGGACCACGGACGCUACCAGCGUCGUAUUAUUCAAUGUGCUGCUCUGGGUAUGGCUGCGUUGUUCAUGGAGAUUCUCGCGAUGCGGGUCAUCGCCCGGCGCGUGGACCACUGGUGCCAGCCUCCCAUCGAAUUGGCUUAUCUCUCCGCUGACACCUGGAAAAACAUGUCGAUCCCUGUUCAGGCCGACGGCAACUACAGUCGGUGCACCGUUUACGUCAUGACCACGCUAGAAAGUGCUCCCGUAAACAGGACUGUAGAGAGGUGUCGCAGGUGGAGUUACGACAUCAAGGACUGGAGAGACAGCAUUGUGAGCCGAUUCGACCUCGUGUGCGGCCGCAGGUCCCUCUACACAAUCGCGGCACUCCUGCCGUCCUUGGCCUAGUGCUGUCCAGUGCCGUCCCAGUGCUGUCCCCCAUAGCAGGGUUCUCGGCCGACCGCGUAGGCCGCAUGCCCGUGACUCGCGCCUGCGGCGUUAUGGUGCUCAUCUCGAGCGUCGGCAGCAGCAUCGCCGACAAUUACGCCUUCUUUCUUAUGAGCCGGCUACUCCUGCUCACGGCGUGCAGCGCCACCUACCUGGUCAGUUUUGUCCUCGUGUACGAGGUGACCGGCAAGGCCAAGCGCUGGCUCUACACGCUGCUCCACACGGCAGUGGGCGCCACGCUGGUGCCGCCAUUCGUGGACCUCCUAUCGUACCAAGAAGCCAGCUGGCACAUCGUGCACGCCAUCUUCAUCGGCCACGUGGCCGUCUACGUGGUGUGGUGCUUUGCGCUGGACGAGUCGCCCAUGUGGCUUCUCACCACAGGGAGGGUGCACGACGCCGAGCUAAUUGCGCUGGCCGCCGCCAAGCUGAACCGCGUGAACGAGGAGAAAACCAGAGCGGGCUGCCAUGUACUGCACGCCCAGGUGAGGAAGCUGCAGCGCAGUCACAAGGCGUUCACGCCGGUUUCUCCCACGGAAAGCAUCGUCGAGGCUGUGAAAAUGCGUCGUCGUGCCCUGGCUACCUUCUUUUCGAGGUUCACCUUAACCGGCAUCUUCUUCGGCCUCAUGUCCACGGACAAACUGUCCAGUCCCUUCUGGCUGGCGGUGAACGUCGUGCUGUCGGCAACAUGUUACACGGUCAUAACUUGGACAAUGAACAGAUACGGCCCACGCGACACCCUCUCUGGCUUGCUCGGUGCUAUCAGUACCGGCAUCGUCGCGAGAGCAGCUGUCGUGUAUGGUGGCUAUGACACCACGGCUGCUUACGUGCAGGUGACGUUGAAGAUUGUGACAUCUGCGUCAAUGAGCGUGGUCAUGUGCUACGUGGGAGAUAUUUUUCCGACGAAAAUCAGGGCCACCGGCGUUAGCUUGUCGAUUGCGCUCGAUGGAUUCGGGUCGCUUUUUGGAGCCUUUCUCACAAAUAUUCACGCGGUUCGCCCUGGUUUUGUGUUCGACAUUUUCUAUGCUGUCACGAGCCUGCUUAGCAUCUUAGCUGUUCAGUGGCUUCCAGAAGUGUUCAUUGAGAAGCAGCUUAUUUCUUCGGAUGUCAUGACCCCUGAGGAGCGUAAACUGGCGCUGCAGGCAUCGCUUUCCCCCAUUGAAAGAAGAAAAAGAAGAAAAUCGCGCAGAAGUCCCCCCGAAAGAAAGGCCAGCGCUGUAGAGAAGCAACCAUCUUGACUGGUAUUUACACCUCGUUACUUCCACGUUUUAUCGGGGACUGAUAUACGGUUGUGCUUUGCAGUGACCCAAGAAACUGAGCGUAAUUUCCCCAAUUACAACUCUUGUCCUAUAAUGAUGAUAAUUGCUAGAAUGUGUUAUUUGUACGUUUGAGUGCGCGCUUAAGUUGUCUGACAUGUAAGAUGCAAAAAGAAACUUUAUAUGCAGGGCCCACUUCAGUUACCAAGUACGUUGGCCGCAUUGGUGGCUACAAAUAUGCUAAGCAGGAAUGUAUGAGAGAGAAUAAGUGAGAAAUACAGACAGUACACAUACGGCGACUGAGUUCUUUGUCACAUCGAACUUGACAAAAAUGGCUCUCAAUAAAGGACAGCUUAAUAGUUU